AGUCAUUAUCUUCAGCCACACCUGUUCUUCCAUAAAAACUCAACUUUCCAACUAACGUUAACUGCAGUCGGUUCAACAGCAUUAAGGUCUUCUUUGAGUGAACACUCCGAUCACAAUAAUGGCUCCAUCUCCAAAAUGCCAAGGAAAAGCAUGUCCUGCUCCUGGACCAGUGCCAGAUGGUCUUAUUCGGCUCUACAGCAUGAGAUUUUGUCCAUUUGCUCAGAGAGCAAGACUGGUGCUCACUGCCAAGGGAGUUAAACAUGAAAUUAUCAACAUCAAUUUGAAGGAUAAGCCUGAUUGGUUUCUGGAGAAGAAUCCUUCAGGGACCGUGCCAGUCUUGGAAACCUCAAGUGGUCAGGUGAUAUACGAGUCCCCGAUCACCUGCGAGUACCUGGAAGAGGCCUUCCCUGAGAAGAAACUGCUCCCAUCUGACCCGUUUGAGAGGGCCCAACAGAAAAUGGUGCUGGAGCAUUAUUCAAAGGUGAUUCCAUACUUCUAUAAGAUCUCUAUGGGCAAGAAAAGAGGAGAAGACGUCUCAGCAGCUGAAGUUGAAUUCACAGAAAAAGUCUCCCAACUAAAUGAGUUUCUGGCGAAAAAGAAGACCAAAUAUUUUGGGGGUGAUUCUAUCACAAUGAUUGACUACUUGAUCUGGCCAUGGUUUGAGAGGGCAGAGAUGAUGGGCGUAAAGCAUUGUUUGGCCAACACUCCUGAGUUAAGAAAGUGGAUUGAAUGCAUGUUCCAGGAUCCAGUGGUUAAAGCCACCAUGUUCAGCACAGAGGUUCACAAGGUGUUCUUCAACAGCUACAUGGACGGAAAACCUAAUUAUGAUCACGGUUUAUAGAGUAAAACCGAAUGAUUUCUGUCCAUCUGUGUGUGUGGAUUUUCUUUUUUAAAAUCAUUUCUAUUUUCUUAGUCUAAGUAUUUUUAUACUGAAUUCACACCAAAUUUAGCUUUUAAGCCUUAGAACUUAAAGUAGAGCCCAGAGGGCCAUGUUAAAAAAGGCUACAAUAGCUAUAUUAACAUGUUUUUCAUUUAUACAUGAAUAUAAAUAAACCAAAUGUACAAACCAUAAA